AUGAGGGAAGCCUGCGGCGGGUUUCACGUGUGUUUCCGCCGCGCAAUAAAAGCCCCGCAGGUCCUCUGCGUCACUCACCCACUACGGGCUUGUGCUGCACCCCACACACAGGCACAGGGUGCCACAAUUUGGCGUUCUUCUCUCCCGUCCACACGGCCGUGUCCACAGCUUCACAUGUUUUUUUACCUCCAACUGCUGCAACCUUCUCAGCCCCUCUCGCAGACGCGCAAGGCAGCACCUGAUUCCCCCACAGACAACGAGCCCAGACGGAGGAAGUGCGGCUUGGCACGAAUGCAAACGGCAGACACCACCACAAGCGGAGAACGAGUGUGCAAUCGGGAAAUACGGCGGCGCAGGGAUCACCCAUCCCCCCACAGAGCUCACCAGCUUUAG